AUGGUAUCUCCAAAUGUUCAAUUUUCAAUAUUGGAUUACUUUUUCUUCGUAACCGUUUUUGUUGUGUCCAUGAGUAUCGGUGUGUACCAAGCUACUAAAAACAAACAUCAUUCAAUUGAAGAGUAUCUGUUUGGUGGAAAGAAUCUUAAGUUGCUGCCAGUGGCACUGUCUUUAGCGGCCACUGCUAUUUCUGGUUCAACAAUUGUUGGACAAAGUACUGAAGUGUACGCAUAUGGUUUGCACAAUUGGAUGGUAAUACCCAUGGAGUUACCAAAAGUAUUGGCCACCAUGUAUAUUUUUCUACCCGUUUUUUACGAUCUCCAACUCGUGUCCAGUUUUACGUAUUUUGAAUUGCGGUUUGAUAGGAGUGUUAAGCAUCUGGCGAGUGCCCUAUACGUAAUCACGGGAAUGUUCCUCAUUCCCUUGACCAUCUACGUACCCUCACUAGUCUUCCAAGAAGUAACUGGGAUCAAUCUCUACGUCAUCACUGUAAUAAUGGGCCUCCUCUGUAUCUGGUACACAGCACUCGGAGGUAUUAAAGCAGUUGUCUGGACAGAUGCAUUUCAAUGCAUUCUUAUCUUCGCAUCCGGAAUCACAAUUAUGAUCGUCGGACUGAGAAGUAUAGGUGGAUUUGAGAAUAUCUGGAAUGCUCUCGAUCGUGGCCAAAGACUUACAUUCUUUAAAACGAAAUUUGAUAUCGAAGAAAGAGGCAAUAUGUGGUCUUACAUGUUCAGUACAUUUUUCGUUUACGUUUACUAUUUUGGUGUCAAUCAAAGUAGUAUUCAACGAUAUUUAUCUCUGCCGAGUUUGAGCAAAGCUAAAAAGUCCUUGUGGAUUUUUUUCAUAUUUACAUUACUCAUACUCGUCAUCGAAUUGACGAUCGGAGGAAUUAUAUUCACAACCUAUGAAGAAUGUGAUCCUGUAUCCGCGGGCCUUGUUAAGAAAUUUGAUCAGAUCUUUCCUCAUUUCGUCCAGGAGAAGGCUUCACUCUUUCCUGGUUUCAAUGGGAUUUUCAUUGCUGGUAUCUUUGCUGCUGGUCUAUCGACAACUUCUACCCUCUUGAACACUCUUAGCGGUACGAUCUACAACGAUUUCCUCAUCAAAAAACUCAAGAGAAAGGAAAAUGCUUUCAAGAUCAUUAUGAGAGGGAUCGUGGCAGUUGUAGGUAUCAUCGGAAUAGGUUUGGUGUUCGUGAUUGAGCAAAUGGGCACAAUUUUUUCUAUAACUACUCAAUGUUUCACAUUGUCCACCGUUGGAGUCUUUGGACUCUUCGUGAGUGGUAUGAUCUUCCCAAAAAUCAACAGUAAGGGUGCGAAAUGCGGAGUUGUCCUAUCAAUGGUCGCUGUUGGUGUUCUUAUCAUUGGCGAACUGAACAAAACGCCAGAUCCACCACUACAACUCCGGAUUGAUGAAAUGCAACAACUCCUGAUAAUGAUGAUCUCCCAUGGAUCUUUAAGAUAA